UUAACUGACUCAGAACCUGGUAGAUGACUCCAGUUCAUGCUAUGGACAAAUAUUACACCUGUAGUUCUAUUUAACCUGUAACCUGUGUGGCUGGAAUAACCCGACACUGGGCUAGACCACUGCUGGACUAACCGAUACUGGUCUAGACCACGGCUGGACUAACUGACACUGGGCUAGACCACUACUGGACUAACCCGACACUGGGCUAGACCACUGCUGGACUAACCCGACACUGGGAUAAACCACUGCUGGACUAACCCAUCGCUGGACUUACCUGCUGAAGGAUAUGGAGGUGGUGUGUAGGUGGAGGGGAUGGAGAGAGUUCUGUGUUUUGUUGCACCUGACUGUGUUUGCGGUGGGGCUGUCAGAUCGAUGUAGUCUGUUUGGCCGUCAUCAUGUCCACACGUUUGAUGGCAUUCUCUAUCAGUUCCCUGGAGACUGUAGCUACCUGCUGGCUGGAGACUGUGAUCAAAGAGCCUUCACUCUAUUGGGUGAUUUUGUCCGAGGGCAGAGGAGUGGCGUGACUCUGUUUCUUGGGGAGGUAUUUGAGCUGCAUCUCUCAGUGAAUGGACACCUGUCACAGGGACAGAAAAGGUUGUCCCUGCCCUACGCUUUCCAGGGUGUGUUUGUCGGGUCUGAACUAGGCUUCUAUAAGAUGUGGAGUGAAGAAUUUGGCUUCUCCGUAACCAUCGACAAUCAAGCUAAUGUUGCCCUGACGAUGGCAAAACACCAUAGCAACCACACCUGUGGACUGUGUGGCAACUUCAAUGGUGAACCUGAUGAUGACUACACUGCACAGGAGGGUUUCCUUACCGAGGACAGUUAUGACUUUGCCAACUCGUGGGCUUUGAAAGGGGCAGGAGAACCGUGCAGACGUGUGUCUCCUCCCAGCCAAUCCUGCAACACCACCGCAGACACGCCUACGGUGUUGUCCAGGUGCAGUGUGCUGCAAAACUCUCCUGUCUUCCUGCGCUGUGCAAAUGUGGUAUCUCCAGAGACCUUCCUGUCAAUCUGUGAAGAGGAGGCGUGUCAUUGUGGCCAGGGAGAGGGGUUAGGGGCAGGACCAGACUGCCACUGCAACGUCCUAUUGGAGUUUGCACGGACCUGCCUUGCCCACGGCCAGCUACUGAAUGGGUGGUUGGAGGAUAGCCAAUGCUCCCCCAGGUGUCCUGUUGGGAUGCAGUACAAGGAGUGUGCCAGGUCCUGCUCUACCACAUGUCAAAGUCUCAACAUCCAGGAGGUCUGCAAUGAGGAGUGUGUGGAUGGAUGCACCUGCCCUGUUGGUAAGGUGAUAGAUGGUGAUCGUUGUGUGGAGGUGUCUCAGUGUUCAUGUGUUCACAUGGGACGACACUUCCCCCCUGGAUCCAGCAUCUCACAGGACUGCAACACCUGCAUCUGUCGACAUGGAUCCUGGGAAUGUACGAACCAAGGCUGCCCUGGCGAGUGCAUGGUGACGGGCCAGUCUCACUUCAAGACGUUUGACAACAAGUUCUUCACUUUCUCUGGGCACUGCCAGUACCUGCUUGCUAAAGACUGCACUGACAAUGCCUUCUCCGUCAUCAUAGAAACAGUUCAGUGUGCAGAUGAAACGGACGCAGUCUGCACGCGCUCCGUAACCCUGAGCCUGAAGUCCCUGGAGGCCAUGACAGUGAAGCUGAAACACGGAGGAGUUGUAUCUGUCAACGACUUGGACAUACGGACACCUAUGAACCAUGGUCGUUUGCGGAUCCAGAGGAUGGUUCAGUCUGGAGUGCGUGUUUUGUACGGAAAUGAUCUUCAUCUAGAAUGGGAUGGACGGGGCCACGUGCUGCUGAAGUUGUGGCCAGUCUGGGCAGGGAAUACUUGUGGUCUCUGUGGCAACUACAAUGGUAACCAAGGAGAUGACUUCUUGUCUGCUGCUGGACUGGUGGAGGCUGGGCCACAAGCAUUUGGCCAAUCAUGGAGAAUUAACGGAGACUGUAACUCCGCCCCUCGACCAGACACUGACCCCUGCUCCCUCAACCCUAAAAGAGUGCGUUUUGCAGAGGAGGCGUGUGGGAUGAUGAUGUCUGAGGUCUUUAGACCGUGUCACUUCCUGGUGAAUCCCCUGCCUUUCCUGCGGUUCUGUCGUUACGACGUGUGUGUGUGUUCAAAUGGAGAGGAGUGUCUGUGUUCUGCUCUGGCCUCCUACGCCGCUGCUUGUUCUGCCAGGGGAGUUCUACUAACCUGGAGGACACCUGAGCACUGUGCCAUGAAGUGUCCAGUGGGCCAAGUGUAUGAAACAUGUGGCAGUGUUUGUCAGCGAUCUUGUCGCACUCUGUCGGGGAAGGAGCCAGGCUGCACAGAACAGACAGGAUGUGAGGAGGGCUGCUUCUGCCCCCCCGGCCAGUACCUUAGUGACACAGGGGAGUGUGUCAGCCCUGAGUUCUGUCCCUGCCUGCACGAUGGACAGCUGUACCAACCCAACGAUGUCUACGCUGACCACAACAGCAUCUGUUAUUGUGAGAACGGUUCUAUGAAGUGCAGCUCCAAUGAGAUGAGUGAAACCAUGCUGUCUGAUAUGUUCUACGAGGAUGAACAACCCUUCUCCAGAGAGCGCCGUUCAGCCCCCUGUGCUCCACCUCUGAGACAUGUGGGGUGUGAGGGGGGGGGGCAGGGUCUAGAGUGUUCUAGAACCUGUCAGAACCUCGACCUCCCCUGUCUCAGUCUGGCCUGUAGACCAGGCUGUCUCUGUCCCAAUGGAACGGUUCGUCAUCGCAGAGAGUGCAUUGUUCCAGAGCAGUGUCCUUGUUAUCAUAACAAGAGAGCAUACGCCCCAGGACAAAGAAUUACUGUGGACUGUAACACCUGUGUGUGUGAGAACAGACACUGGCAUUGUACAAAGCAGGUGUGUGAUGGAGUGUGUCGUACAGUGGGAGAGGGACAUUACAUCACCUUCGAUGGUCUCCAGUACUCCUUUCCUGGACUGUGUCAGUACGUCCUGGUGCAGGACCAGUGUGGAGGGGAGGAGGGAUCAUUCAGGGUGCUGGUAGAGAAUGAAGCCUGUGGGGUCGUAGGUCAUCGCUGUGCAAAAGCUGUUACAGUCUUCUACAAGGGUGGAAUAAUCACUAUGGAGCAUGGACAGGUGAGGAUGAGGAAGCCAGUGAUGAAGGGUUCGGAAGUAGAGAUUGUUCGUUCUGGUCAGUUCUUCAUCCUGCUGCUGGGAAAACACAUCUCCAUCAGCUGGGACCUGGGAACCCGUCUACUAGUACACAUCUCCUCAUAUUACAGGGAGCGUGUGUGUGGUCUUUGUGGUAAUUAUGAUGGCAACUUGAACAAUGACCUUCUGAGUAGCAACAAUCAACUUGAGGUUGAUUCUGCCCACUUUGGAAACUCCUGGAAGGUCAAACCCAGCUGCGCCGAUGCAACACAGCCUUCUCCUCCCUGCAGUAAUAACAUAGUGAAGUUGGUGAUGGUGGAACAGUCUUGUCGUGUUUUAAGCGGCACUCUCUUCAGAGACUGUAACAGUCUGGUGGACCCAGAGCCCUAUGUGGAGAUGUGUGUUGAGGCGGCCUGCUCCUGUCCAACUGUAGGAGACUGUGUGUGCUUCUGUGAUGUCAUCGCUGCUUAUGCACAGGCCUGUUCAGAGAGAGGCAUGGCUGUCAGCUGGAGGACCAAUGACCUGUGCCCUCUGAGCUGUGAGGACCUGAACAUUGCAGCAGAGGUAUUAGGGGGAGAGCCAUGCCAGUGGAGAUACAACACCUGCAGCUCCGCCUGUCCAAUCACCUGUCAGCACCCAGAGCCCCUCCCCUGUCCAUUUACCUGUCUUGAGGGCUGUCAUGCUACCUGCCCCCCAGGUCAGCUACUGGAUGAGGUGUCCAUGCGAUGUGUUGAGCCCACCCAAUGUCAUGUGUGUUACCAUGACGGCGAGAGGAUCUCUCAUGGCAACAAGGUUAUCCUGAACCAUGAUGACCCCAAGCACUGUCAGAUAUGCCACUGUGAGAACAACACUCUGAGUUGUAAAGUUUGUCCCGUCCUGGAGAUCACUGUCUCUACAACUCUCCCUGCUGAUCUGACGACGCCCACUGCCCUGCCUUUCUCCACGUUGAUGCCAGAACAUUCAUGUGACCGAGCUAUGGAUCUGGCCUUCCUAUUGGAUGGUUCAGCAGCACUCAGCGAGGAAGAUUUCCUGUCUGUCAAAGAGUUCAUCCUAUCAGUGGUGGAUAGGUUCAGAAUGGGCUCUGCUCAUACCAGAGCUACAGUUCUGCUGUACCACUCUGGAGUCAAGACAUACGAUUUACAGGUUCAGAAGUGGUUGUUCAAGAAGACCGUGCGUGAGCUCCACUACAGUGGUGGAGACGUGGCAUUCCUGGACGAAGCUGUGAAGUAUCUGGCCAUCCACAUCUAUGACAAGAACAAGAGAGAACAUGCUGGCCGCGUUGCCAUCAUUCUCACAGCCAACAUCAACCCCCGACCACUCCGUCGCACCGUUAAGCUGCUCCGAACGAAGGACAUCACCACCUUGACACUGGCGCUGGGGCCGGAGGCUAGCUGGUCACAAGUUAAUGAAAUCACCAAGGCCAGGCCUGACAACAGGGCAUACCAACUGAACAGUGUGGCAGAGCUGCCCAUUAACUUCCUGGAGGUCACAGACUAUCUCUGUACCCUAGGGUUGGAGCCAGAGACCCCCAAACCACAUCCUACUAAGCCCAGCUCAGCUAAACUUAACCUGGUUACCACCACCACCAAACAACCCCAACUAUUGGAGCCCAACCCCACCCAGCAGAUCAGCUUGACAUCCUCCACCUCCCAUCAUGACCUCUCCAUCUCCACCCAGCCUGCUAACCUGGCCCUCACAACCACCACCUCCCCCGCUCCUUCUAAAGAAAUUACAUUUAUCCUGGAAGGUUCAGAUUCAGUCGGAGAAGUGGGAUUUAAUAAAUCUCUGCACUUCCUGGAGGAAGUGAUCUCACAGCUUGCAGAGGAAGACGAGCAAUCAGUGAGGGUCACAGUCAUACAGUACUCAGUAACAAUCACCGUGGAGAUAACGCGCUGGGAAAUACAAUGGCACAGAACCCAGUUGCUACAAAGACUGCGAGAGAUCCGCUGGAGGGGCGGAGCCAAGACCAACACGGGUGCAGCGAUUAGCCAGACUUUCCAGGAAAUUAUUACUGACAGGACCUCAUCCACCACCCCCCCACUGGUCUUCCUGGUGACAGAGAACCCCCCCACCGAUGUGAUCACACGCCCACUUUCUCACACACACUCAAAUGUGUUUCCUAUUGGGGUGGGAAGAAAGGUUACAGAGGUAGACCUGCUGCCCCUCAGUUCCCCACAGCGCCCUCUCAUGGUGGAGGACUAUGAUAGCCUAACCUCUCUGGUCCACAGAGUUGUUAACAUCACCAGAACCACCCUUUAUCCUCGCUCUCCAACCCUGCCUCCCCUCAAGCCUUCACUGGCCCCCCGACCCACCCUGCCUCCAUCAGUGCCAUGCAGGAAACCAAUGGACAUCCUGUUCCUGCUUGGAGGCAAGGCCAGUGUGGGUCCAGACACUGACAGGCAGACGGAAGGCGAGACAGCGUUUGAGGACAUGAAGACGUUUGUAAAAGCCUUCAUCAACAGUGCUGACAUUGGUCGGAAUGGGAUCCAGGUGGGUGUGUUUACAUAUGGAGAGACCAGCAGAGUGGGCGUUGCCUGGAAUGAGGAACAGAACAGACCACACCUCCUGACUCUUGUGGACCAGCUGACCAACCCCUCCCACACACACACACCACUGGGUGCUGCUCUGCGAUAUACUGUCCAGAUGUCCAUGUCUCCCUCUAGUGGAGCCAGAGUGGGCGUGGCUAAGGUGGUGGUGAUGCUGGUAAUGGAUAGAUCAACUGACGAGCUGCAAAAGGCCGCUAACGAGGCGCUGACUGCAGGUGUAUCUGUGUUCCCAAUUGGAAUCGGACAUGGUUACAACCGAGCUGAACUGCACAUGCUUGGUUCCCAUGGCAACCAGGACAACACCCUCCACCUGAACAGCCUGGAAGAGCUUAUGAUGCUACUAACACUGGACAAGAGCUACGUAGACCGUCUCUGUAGAGCUGGUCCACCUGGGGUGUGUGUGGAUGAUGAUGGGAACCAAAGGAGGCCUGGUGAGUCUUGGCUGCUUCCAGAUGGCUGCCACUCUGUCCUUUGCAACCCUGGUGGAGCGGUGACGGUGCAGAACCACAAGGUGAACUGUGAUCGCCUGGAACCUCCAGUCUGCAUCAGCUACAUGAGUCCAGUCAGAGUGGAGGAGACCUGUGGUUGUCGAUGGGACUGCCCCUGUGUGUGUAUGGGCAGCUCAACCAAUCAUGUGGUGCGGUUUGACAGUCUGGCUCUGAAGCUGGAUGGGGAAGGGAUAUGUUCUUACACCCUGCUGACAGUUGCUGGGGGCAAAAUGGUCAUAGGGGGCUCAGAGGUCACUUUGCACAUGGGUACCUGCCAAGGGUCAGCUAAUCACAACGACAUCUGCAUGAAGGCCAUGGAGGUCACACAUGGACUGAGUUCUGUCCUACUGAAAGACGACAUGACGGUGACGGUGAAUGGAGCCCCAGUGUCUAUGCCAUACCACUCCAGGCAGGUGGAGGUUAUGAGGUUUGGAGAAGUGAUGUUUCAGCUAAAAUCAGUGGAACACGGAUACAUCCUGGCAUUUACCCCCCAGAACAAUGAGUUUACACUCACACUCAGCUCUUCAUCGACGAACCACACUGCUGGACUCUGUGGGUUGUGCGGUGAGGAGACGGUUAAGCGUCUCUCUCUGAGAAAUGGCAGCUUGACCCUGGACCCAGCCCUCCUGCUCUCUGAUUGGUCUGUGCCUGGUGGCGAGGGUGUGUGUGUCCCGCGACGUUCCCCAGUGUGUGUUUAUGGAGCAUCGAGAGCGUGUGAGGUUCUGCGCUCAGAGGUGUUCUCCUCCUGUCACACACAUGUUCCCAUCAUGCCUUUCAUCACGCGCUGCCAAAAGGAAGCCUGCCAAGAGACGGAUGUAUGUGAUGUUAUUUCCUCCUACACACACCUCUGCCGACAGAGAGGCCUUUGUGUUCACUGGAGGAGUUCCCACCUCUGUCCGAUGCAGUGCCCCAGUAUCAUGGAGUAUGAUGCAUGUCGAAUGGGGUGUGUGGAAGACUGCAGCAGCAUCAACCUCUUGCCUGGUGACACAGGGGUUUUCAGGGGUAACAAGAGCGCAUGCAUGACCACGCCGACAGAGGGCUGCUUCUGUCCGCAGGGCACUGUGCUCCUCGGAGGAGAAUGUGUGUCACCAGAUGUGUGCAACCAGUGUGUUGACCAGCAUGGACACAGACAUCAGUAUUUACACACUUGGGUGCCAGAGGAUAAUCACUGCCAGAUCUGUAUGUGUCUGGAUUAUCAACGUAUCAACUGUACUGCCAAACCCUGCCUCGAUGCUAAAGCUCCAGUGUGUGGUCCCUGUGAGGUUCUGAGGGAGAAGAGAGAGUCCAAGUGCUGUCCGGAGUAUGAAUGUGUGUGUGACAUGGUGAGCUGUGAGUUGCCGGAGAUUCCUCGCUGUGAAGAUGGUCUGACUGUUGUGCUGACUAACCCAGGGGAGUGCCAACCUAUACACCAAUGUGCCUGUAAGAAAGAGGAGUGUUCUCUCCAGGCUCCACCCGCCUGUCCCUCCCACCGGCGGUUGUCUGUCAAACAGACACAGUGCUGUGAUUCCUUCCAGUGUGUGUGUGACUGUCAUAACUCCACCCACUCCUGUCCUCCUGGAUUCAUCAGCUCCUUUUCCACCAACGACUGUGGCUGCACCGAGACUGCCUGCAUGCCUGAUCAGGUUUGUGUAGUAGGGGGCGUGGUCUACCAUGUGGGGAGCCAAUGGGAGGAAGGUUGUGAAAAGUGCAGCUGCACCCAACAACGGGACUCACACACCAACCUGCACAUUGCCCAGUGUGUCCCUCCUGUCUGUGACCACACCUGUCCCCUGGGUUCGGUAUAUGUGGAGUCUCAGGGGAAGUGUUGUGGGAGCUGCAGGAAGUCCAGCUGUGUGGAGAAUGACAGACAUACACCUGGAGACAUACAGACGGAAGGACGGCUGAGAAAGCUGGGGGAGGUGUGGAGGUCUCCGGAGGACAUGUGUGUGUUGCAUCAGUGUGUUUCUGUGGGAGACGGAGAGGUUUUCAUCACACACACCAACGUCAGCUGUCCGCCACUAGAUCCCCCACCCUGCCCCCUGGGAACGGAGCUGCACUGUGACACAUCCGCCUGCUGUCCACAAUGCCACUGUGCUCCCCAAGACGCCUGUGUUCUCAACCACACCCUGAUAGGAGCAGGGGAGCGUCUGAUGGUGGAUAUGUGUACACACUGUUCAUGCUCGGUGGAAGAUGGAGCCGUUAAAAGAUACAAGUUAUCCUGCCGAAGAAUCAGCUGUCCUACCUGUCCAGAGGGUUAUGUUCUAGAGGAGGUUCCAGAGUCGUGUUGUGGUCGUUGUGUGGCCACUGCCUGCAUUGUCCAACAAAAUGAUGGCCACACCAUCACUAUCCAGGUCAACACAACUCUGACCGAAGGCUGUAGCCAGUUCUCCUGUGGUGUCAACAGUAAAGGAGAGCUGGUUCUCAAGACCAUUUUGACCACCUGCCCUCCUUUUGAACGCCAACUUUGCCUGGACCAUGGGGGGAAGGUCAGCCAGAUAGGAACAAGCUGUUGUGAGAUGUGCACUGAGCCAGAGUGCACUAAGAUGGUGGGAACUCUCAACUAUAUCAAAGUGGAUGACUGUCAGUCACAGCAACCAAUAGAACUACACUACUGUGAGGGGAAGUGUCACAGUAAGAGUAUGUAUUCUCUCGAGACUAACUCUAUGAAGAAGGAGUGUGUGUGUUGCACAGCCAUGAAGACAGAGCCCCUGAGUGUUCCUCUGCUGUGUCCAAAUGGUACCCUGACACAUCACAAUGUUAUGUCAGUCACCGCGUGCGACUGUCAAGACCUGCACUGCACUUAGAGAGUGUACCCAGAUAAACAUAUAUUCAAAUAAACAUAAUAAACAUUGUUGGUAUUAUCAUGCAA